UUCAACCAAUCAGCGUAUCGGGUCUCCACAAUAUUACGUUGAAAGCUAAAAGCGCUUUAAAGUUGAUGUGUAGAGCCAAGGGCAACCCGAUGCCUGCUUUACAGUGGUUCAAAGACGGUGUACCGGUUUUGGUGGGCAGGCGAAGGAUUCAAUACAAAAAGAAAAGAUCCAUGCUUGUGAUACCUAAGGUGAGGCCAGAAGACAGUGGCAAGUACGAGUGUAGAGGUACCGGAGUCCAAACCGGCCAUGUGGCUAUUACGUCGGCCCAAGUCAUAGUUAAUUCCAAACCGGACAACACAACAGCCCUGUGGCCGUUGGUCGGCGGUCCUUGUCCAGCAGAUCUCGUCUAUUGUCUGAACGGCGGCACGUGCACGUUCUACGAAACCAUUGGAGAGCUCGUUUGCCAGUGCGCCGAAGGCUUCAAGGGUCAACGGUGCGAGAACAAAGACAUUGUUAACAAAAGCAAUUCAAAACAAAACAAGAAACCAAAUACCAUUGGGAAUAACUCAAAUCAUUUUGGCUAACGACGUGUCAAUACAACGCUGCUAACGAUGUAACUGAACAUUGGACAGCGGCACUAACCCGAGCACAUUCUACAACAAACACGGAUAGAUAUGAAUACAAUAUAAAAUUCUUUAAAUUUUUUUUCUCGACAAUUUUUUUUUAUACAUUCAUACAUAAUAAAAUAUUUUAUACGAAUCGAAGCUUUAUGUUAGAUAGGUACCUAUAUAAUGUAAUAAUGUUCAAGCCAACUAUAUAUUGCCACCCCUGUUCUUCAUCGCUAUAACACUAAUACAUACAAUUAUACCUGCGUUAGUCGUUAGUUAUAGCUAAUUUAUUAAAUUAGUAGACUAAAUAUUUAACUAUAAUAUAAGGGCUUUUUUAGACUUAUUAACUUUUAA